AUGUUAAUAUUGAAUCAAACUGACUUGACACCAGCCUCAUUCAUUCUCGAUGGGAUCCCAGGACUGGAAGACAUGCAUGUCUGGAUUUCCUUCCCAUUCUGCUCCAUGUAUGUUGUGGCUGUGGUAGGGAAUUGUGGACUCCUCUACCUCAUCUGCUUUGAGGACUCCCUGCACAGGCCCAUGUACUACUUCUUGGCCAUGCUAUCAUUUACUGACCUUGUCAUGUGCUCUAGUACAAUCCCGAAAGCCCUCUGCAUCUUCUGGUUUCAUCUUAAGAAAAUUGAGUUUGAUGAAUGUCUGGUCCAGAUGUUCUUUGUCCACACUUUCACAGGGAUGGAGUCUGGGGUGCUUAUGCUCAUGGCCCUGGACCGCUAUGUGGCCAUCUGCUACCCACUGCGGUACUCAAUCAUCCUCACCAAUCCUGUCAUUGCAAAGAUUGGGUUUGCCACAUUUCUAAGAGGGGUACUGCUCAUCAUUCCCUUCACUUUCCUCACUAAACGCCUGCCCUACUGCAGAGGCAAUAUAAUUCCCCAUACCUACUGUGACCACAUGUCUGUGGCCAAGUUGUCCUGUGGCAACAUCAAAGUCAAUGUCAUUUAUGGCCUGAUGGUUGCCCUCCUGAUUGGGGGCUUUGAUAUCUUGUGCAUCACCAUCUCCUACACUAUGAUCCUCCGAGCGGUGGUCAGGCUCUCCUCAGCAGAUGCUCAGCAGAAGGCCUUCAGCACCUGCACUGCCCACAUCUGUGCCAUUGUUUUCUCCUACAGCCCAGCUUUUUUCUCCUUCUUUUCACACCGCUUUGGGGGCCACACGAUCCCUCCCUCUUGCCACAUAAUUGUAGCCAAUAUUUAUCUGCUCCUGCCACCCACCAUGAACCCUGUUGUCUAUGGGGUGAAAACCAAGCAGAUAAGAGACUGUGUCAUGAGGAUCCUUUCAGGUUCCAAGGAUAUCCCAUAG